GCUAUUGCUCGAGUAGCACUAGAUCGCUCACACACACCAAUGCCGGCUGUAAGAGUUCAUGGGGCUUCCGCAAUGGCGUACUGUGGCCAAGGCCAGAAGGUACAGAAGGCGAUGGCGCAGCCCAUCAACCUCCUCUUCAGAUACUUGCGAAAUAGAUCGCGGAUUCAGGUGUGGCUCUAUGAGCAAGUGACUAUGCGGAUAGAGGGCUGUAUCGUAGGCUUUGAUGAGUACAUGAACCUUGGAUUAGAUGACACAGAAGAGAUUCAUUCUAAAACAAAGUCAAGGAAACAACUGGGACGGGUCAUGCUGAAAUGA